CCAUUCCAUUAAACCAAGAACGGACUGGGAUCCAGGGAAGAAGACAGAACGGGAAGAAGAAGCUCAGAGGAACCGAAACAACCUGCGAGAGUGAAAAAGAGACCAAUAGCAACCGUAAAAGUCACGGUUAUCCACCUUAAUUUUUGUCGGUAAAGGAUAGUGCUAUGACAAUGAACCAGUGCGUGCACGGGAUGAUCUAUCUGGCGGUUCUGGUGGCGUUUGCCGCCUGUGACGCCCCUCCGGUACCGUUAGAUGACAUCGUGAUUGAGAAAACGUUCGUGCCGGAGCAGUGCGGGCGCGCUGUGAAAGUAGGGGACUACGUCCGUUACCACUAUAACGGCAUGUUCCCCGACGGAAAGAAGUUUGACUCCAGCUAUGACCGCGGUAGCACCUACAAUGUUUAUGUGGGUAAGAAGCAGCUGAUUGAAGGGAUGGACAGAGCUCUGGUAGGGAUGUGUGUCAACGAGAGACGCCUGGUCACCAUCCCCCCACAACUGGCCUAUGGGAAGGAAGGAUACGGUGAUGUCAUCCCUUCAGACGCAAUCCUCAAUUUUGACGUUCUGUUGUUGGACGUGUGGAACCCUGACGACGGGGUUCAGAGUGAGACGUACUACACCCCUGAGAACUGCUCUAGGAAGGUAGAGGUGUCAGACUACGUACGAUACCACUACAACGGAACACUGCUGGACGGAACACUGUUCGACUCCAGCCACACCCGUUUGCGUACCUACGACACCUAUGUGGGGAUUGGCUGGCUGAUCGCUGGCAUGGACCAGGGCCUUCUGGGCAUGUGUGUUGGGGAGAGACGCAUCAUCACCAUGCCCCCUUCGCUAGGAUACGGAUCAAACGGAGAUGGUAGUGAUAUCCCAGGCCAGGCUUCCCUGGUGUUUGAUGUAGUCCUCUUGGACCUCCAUAACCCUAAAGACGGCGUCACUAUAACCAACCAGGACAUACCUCAACCCUGCCUCAGGAAGAGUAUAUCUGGGGACUUUAUCAGAUACCACUAUAACGGAUCACUACUGGACGGGACCUUCUUCGACUCCAGUUACUCUCGUAACCGUACCUAUGACACGUACGUGGGUAAGGGCUCUUUGAUUGGUGGGAUGGAUGAGGGCCUGAUCGGAGUCUGCAUCGGAGAGAGAAGACGCAUCACCAUCCCACCUCACCUCGGAUACGGAGAGGAGGGUACAGGUACUAAGAUCCCAGGUUCUGCUGUCUUGGUGUUUGAUAUCCAUAUCAUAGACUUCCACAACCCAUCAGACACAGUGGUGAUCACCACCAACUAUAAACCAGAGGUGUGUGAGACGCUGGCUAAGAAAGGAGACUUUGUUAAAUACCACUACAACGCUUCACUAAUGGAUGGAUCCUUCAUCGACUCCACGUAUAACUAUGGGAAGACAUAUAACAUUGUGCUGGGAGCCAACCAGGUGGUUCCUGGGAUGGAGGAAGGGCUGAAGGAGAUGUGUGUUGGAGAGAGAAGACACCUGGUCAUACCUCCUCACCUGGGCUACGGAGAGAGGGGAGUGGAUGGUGAGGUGCCGGCCAGUGCUGUCCUGGUCUUCGACAUCGAGAUGAUCGAGAUGGAGGCGGGCCUCCCUGACGGGUACAUGUUCAUCUGGAACGAGGAGGUAUCAGCUGACCUCUUCACUGAGAUGGACGCAGACAAGGACCUACAGGUGUUGGCCUCAGAGUUCUCAGACUAUAUCCUGCGUCAGGUGAACGAGGGUAAAGGUCGCCUUGCCCCUGGGUUUAACGCAAAUCUCAUCAUCGAGAACAUGUUCUCCAACCAGGACCGUAAUGGAGACGGAAAGAUCACUGAGGAGGAGUUCAAACUGAAGGCCGACGAGACACCACACGACGAGCUAUAAGACAGACUAGACCCCACACGACGAGCUAUAAGAGAGACUAGACCCCACACGACGAGCUAUAAGACAGACUAGACCCCACACGACCAGCUAUAAGAGAGACUAGACCCCACACGACGAGCUAUAAGAGAGACUAGACCCCACACGACGAGCUAUAAGACGGACCCCACACGACGAGCUAUAAGACAGACUAGACCCCACAAGACGAGCUAUAAGACAGUCCAGACCCCACACAACGAGCUAUAAGUCAGACUAGACCCCACACGACCAGCUAUAAGAGAGACCCCACACGACGAGCUAUAAGAGAGACCCCACACGACCAGCUAUAAGAGAGACCCCACACAACCAGCUAUAAGAGAGACCCCACACGACCAGCUAUAAGAGAGACCCCACACGACCAGCUAUAAGAGAGACCCCACACGACCAGCUAUAAGAGAGACCCCACACGACGAGCUAUAAGACAGACCCCACACGACGAGCUAUAAGACCCCACACGACGAGCUAUAAGAGAGACCCCACACGACCAGCUAUAAGAGAGACCCCACACGACGAGCUAUAAGACAGACUAGACCCCACACAACGAGCUAUAAGACAGACUAGACCCCACACGACCAGCUAUAAGACAGACUAGACCCCACACGACGAGCUAUAAGACAGACUAGACCCCACACGACGAGCUAUAAGACAGACCAGACCCCACACGACGAGCUAUAAGACAGACCAGACCCCACACGACGAGCUAUAAGACAGACCAGACCCCACACGACCAGUUAUAAGACAGACCCCACACGACGAGCUAUAAGACAGACUAGACCCCACACGACGAGCUAUAAGACAGACCCCACACGACCAGUUAUAAGACAGACCCCACACGACGAGCUAUAAGACAGACUAG